CCACGCUUAUGUUUACCAGCUUCAGCCAUCUGAAAUUAAAGAAAUGAUCUCAUGACUCAAAAUGAUUUCACAUCGCCGCUGUUGUUGCGUUGUCGGCCGCCAUUUUGAUUUUCACGUGGUCAGUGGAUGUGAUUGAGGGCGCAAACGUUUGUCACAUUUUUGUUUCCAUGGUAAUAAUAACGUAAACAAAUUUUCCAAAAGAAGCAAAAAAAUUGAAGUAAAGAUGGCCAAGUAUGUUAUCGCUGGUAAAGCUGAUUGCCCGUUCUUUGCAAAGACAGAAAUGCUCGCAGAUGAAUUACAAAAGGUUUUGGUUAAUUUUCGUGUACAUAAGAUAGCGGUCAACCCGGAAGAUUGGACAGAAUGGUUAACAAAAACGUGCAAUGAGCAUCAAUGGCAACACAACACUUCUCCGCUGAUUUGGCGUGAACUAGUUGAUAGAGGAGGCAAAGGAUUGUAUCUCGGUGGUUGUGAUGACUUUAUGGAGAUGGCCGAGGCUUACUAUGGAAUACGUUCUACGAAAAUGAGCGAAGAAUUAGGCGCGAUAUCGAAAGAAAAUCUUGCUAUGAAGCGUGUUCUAGACGAAGAAAAAGCCGAAGCCCAGAAGGCAAUCAAUCCUUUAAGAAUCACGAUCACCGCUGCUGCUUCCCCAGUGAAUUAUAUGGUACUAAAUUCUCUAUUUAGCGGCGAAAUCUUUGGUUUUAGUCAAGACUUAGCUCUGACAUUACUAGACACGCCUGAGAACGAGGAAGUCUUGUCAGGAGUGGCGAUGGAAGUCAUUGACUGUGCCUGGGAUUUGCUCAAAGAUAUUUCUCAAACGUCGGACUGCACGAAGGCAUUUAAAAACGCCGAUCUUGUCUUGAUACUGGAUGCAGAUUGCAGCACCGAAGACGUGGAUAUUAUGGUACAGAACGUUACUGUAUACAAACAGUACGCUGAAAUUAUUGAAGCUGAUGCAAAGAAGGAUACCAGAAUCCUUGUGUGCGGAAAAACUGCUAAUUUUAUUGCCACUAUAAUUGCUACAUUUGCACCAUCGAUCCCAAGAAGUAAUAUUUGUGCUUUGUCAAGGCUACAGGAAAACCGUGCCAAGGCAGUCUUAGCUAGGAAAUUAAAAGUCAACUCAUGCGGAAUCACUGAUCUUAUUGUCUGGGGUUGCCCUGGUAAUGAUGGCUUGUUUGACAUCAGCAUGUCACAGGUGAAAGGCUAUGAUGGAGCAAUUUGGGCACCACAUAUUGAAACAUUCUCAAGGUCUGUUGUUGAAAUGAUUUUUGAUCAAAAGUGGGUUGCCACAGAGUUUCUACAGGAAGUGAAUAAACAUGAAGAAUCUCUUAAAGUUUUGCACAAGCCUGCUCCAAGCAUGUCAACAGGUGUGGCUAUACUGGACUUUCUCCAGGAGUGGUGGAAUGGAUCGACAAAUCAGAUGACCUCAUUAGGGAUGGUGUCUAAGGGAUGGUAUGGUGUUCCAGAAGGCAUUGUAUUUUCAUUUCCAGUAAAAUUUGAAAAUGGUCAAUGGCAAGUGCUCGAUGGUUUAGACAUCAAUGAUGAUGUGUCAUAUAGAGUAAAACAAAUUGGAGAGAACCUAAAAAACAAAGUUGAUCUGGUGCUGCAAAGCCUUGAAAAUAAUAGAUAAUUAAAGUUGCCAAUGUACAAUAUUGUAGUAAUUAUUCUGUAACAUACACGCACGGUUGCAGGCAGCACAAAUGACAUUGUGUUCAAGAUUUACUAUUUUACAAAAUGCAUGAUUUAGAGCUAAAGAAUACUAAUGAAAACUACAUUCUUUCUA